UGUUGACAUAGCUGUGAAGAUCUGUGCUGGCGUCUGACUUCCUCACCGUUGGUGGAUUCGAUUAUGGCUCCAAAUUCAAGUUCCAUUCUUGCCCUCAAAUUGUCAUGUCGAUGGGUAUUUGCGCCAUUUCAACACCCGAGCCGAGAAAGAGCGGAAGUAACUAGUUUCUUUGCUGGAUAUUGGCCCGGAAGAGAACGCGCACCCACUGAGAAGAACCAAUGGCAAUGGAUGACUGGAUAGACAGAUUUCGGAUGGGUCCUGUAGAUCCUGGACCUAGACUGACGGACAACAGACAAGCGAUUGAGCAUCAACAGCAGCAGCAGCAACAACAACAACAACAACAACAACAACAACAACAACAACAACAACAACAACAGCAACAGCAACAACAGCAGCAGCAGCAACAACAACAACAACAACAACAACAGGAGCAGCGGCAUCGCUUCAACCGACUGCUAACCAUACCUCAAACAGCACCAGCGCCAGCCCUGAACACUGGCACAAGAAGGCAGACCUUCGUCCGGUGGUGUUGAAUUUAACACCACCACCGGACAAAUCAUUCAUUUCAUAGAUUACUAGAAUUAUCCUUAUUUAUUCACAGUUUAUCCUAACCAUCCAUGCACAUAUACCUCCCAUUAUAAUACAGAUAACCAGAAAUUAGCAAUCAACUAUUUACGGCGCACAUUAAUUUUGUUCUCCGUUCUUAUCCAGCAUUCAUUAUGAUUGUAUGCAUACGGCUGGGCUUUUAAAGAUUCUAGAUUCAUGUAUACGUUAGUGGUUCUACUUAGCAUGUAGCAAAGUACCGAAGGCUUCAUUCAUUCUCCUUUAAAGUAGCAGUUGCAUGGCAUAGAUCAGUCUGAUCUCUGUAGU